AUGUGUAUUUGGGAUACAAGAGUAUUCGAAGCAGUGUCUUUUGUUAAAAACAUAUACUUUUUAAUUGUGAAUGGUAAGAUCAAAGGUAGCGGUCUGGAGCUGAAUGUGGCGAAUGUUUAUGCUCCGGAAUCGGUUAACGCUAAGCUUGGUGUGUGGAACGAGUUAUCAGCGGCUAUUGAGGAUUAUACGGGUUUGUGGCUGGUAGGGGGGGAUUUCAAUGCGGUCAGGGACUCCAGCGAAAGGAGGAAUUCCAGGCUUAAUUUAUCAUGUACCACGAACUUCAACAAUUUUAUUUUUAAUUCGGGGCUGCUUGAAUACGAUUUAAAAGGAAGGAGGGCUCUAUCGGCUUCUUAUUCGGAUCACGGUCCCAUUUUGCUUAUUACCAGAGCUAGGAAUUUUGGUGCCAAACCCUUUAGAGUUUUUAACUCAUGGUUGGGGAAAGAAGGUUACAAAGAAGCCGUCGAAAAGUCUCUAGAGGGAAUUAAUUUUACUGGGCAGCCAGACUUGAUUUUAGCUCAAAAGUUUUCGUUGAUUAGGAAGGGGCUCAAGGCUUGGAGAGAUGAAGCGAAGAAAAAAGAGGGGGAUUUGGCCAAUUUGGCGGUUGCUAAAAUGGAAGAGUUAGAAAAUAUAAUGGAGACCAGAGGUUUAUUAGAAGAAGAAGAGUGGUCGUAUCUGGAAAACAAAAAGUUGUUGUUGGAAAUUGAAAGAAGGAAGACUAUGGAUUUGAAGCAGCGUUCUAGGACGAAGUGGGCGUUAGAUGGAGACGAAAACUCAAAAUUCUUCCAUGCUCAUGUCAACGCAAGAAAAGCAAUUAACGGUAUUGUAACGCCUCGUUUUUCGGAGAUUUUCGUUUUUUUUUGA